AUGUGCGGGCGUUACGCCUUGGGGAUCCGAGCCGCGUUCGUGCGAUAUCACUUACAACAACAAGGUCUCCCUGUAGAUGAUGCCCCCGCCGACGACGAGGUCCGGGAGACAUACAACUUCCCACCCGGUGCUUAUGGCCUAGUAUACCGCGCAGAAGUGCCCGACCAUGGAAUUGGGGACGGGGCGGUCGACGCUGAAGCCCUCAGCAACGAUGCCACUGCUGCAGAUACCACUACUGCUGAUACUACUACCACUGCUGUUGAUACCAGUGCUAGUAGCACUACCAGUGAUGCCUCUCCCCAUUACAAGUAUGAACUCAAGGCAAUGAAAUGGGGCCUGGUCCCAUUCUGGACCAAACGGUCUCCCGAGUACAGCUCGCUCCUACGGACCAUCAACUGUCGCGACGACUCACUCAUCGAGAACCGCGGCAUGUGGACCACGAUGAAGCAGAGGAAGCGGUGCAUUGUUAUCGCACAGGGGUUUUACGAGUGGCUCAAAAAGGGUCCGGGGCCCAAGGACAAAGUGCCGCACUUCGUCAAGCGCAAGGACGGCAACCUGAUGUGCUUCGCCGGUCUGUGGGACUGUGUCAAGUACGAGGAACAACAACAACAAGACUCGCAUCGGCAAGGCGAGCGGGAAGGCGAAAGGGAAAGGGAAAGGGAGAAGCUGUACACCUACACCAUCAUCACCACCGACUCCAACAAGCAGCUCAGCUUCCUGCACGACCGCAUGCCCGUCAUACUCGACCCCGGAACCGACGCCAUGAAGAUGUGGCUCGAUCCCACGAGGACCAAGUGGUCCAGGGAACUGCAGUCCGUGCUCAAGCCCUACGACGGUGAACUGCUGUGCUACCCCGUCGACAGUGCAGUGGGCAAGGUCGGCAACAAUUCGCCCAAUUUCAUCGUCCCCGUCGACAGCAAGGACAACAAGAAGAAUAUUGCCAACUUCUUCGGCAAUGCAAACAAGCCCAAGCCCAAACCCCAGUCCCAGCUGGAGAAGGAGGAAGCAGACGAGCCACAGAGUACGAAUAUUACUACGGUAGACCAGGAUGGGAGCGAGACCAAGGCGCCAAUGCCUGUUCCUGUUCCUGUUCCUGCUCCUUCCGACUCCCUCGCAUUCAGUCCUGGGGAGAAGCGCCAUCGUCCUGACCACGACGAUUCGUCGUCUCCUGCUAAGAAGCAUGCAAAAGUUGCACCACCACCUGUCAAAUCUACCUCGCCGGUGAAAUCCACGGCUAAGAAACCAAGAAGUGCAACCAGCAACAGAGAAAUGACUCUAAAAAAGACCAGUCCAGCGAAGAAAACCGAGACAGGCACACAGCGAAUAACAAACUUCUUUACCAAGUAA